AUGCCUGCCCGCGCGCACCAAGCGGAUGAGCUCCGCAUCAUCUCACCCGGGGGCAGGGCGGCCAAGGAGGUCUACGCCACGGUGGAGAUCCGCUUGAUGGUCAUCGAGCUCCUCGAUCAAGCUACCCUCGUCAGUCUCAUAGGACUGCACCGGGCGGGAAUGGCGGUAAUAGCGGGGAUGAUAUACAAGGACGUCCAUGUGGACAUCAUGCGCAAGUUCCAUCGGGACAAAAAUCCCCGUCAUAUGGUCUACCUCGAUGCGGUCUCCGUGCUUGACCGCUCCGUCCCGCCUGACCCAAAUUGCUCCGGCCUAACCUCCCUCAAUUAUCUCACGAAACGACCCGCUCGGUUCAAGCCAAAGAUCGUCCUCCGACAAGUGCGCGGUCUCGUUAAGCGCUUCCCGAACGUGCGGACGGUGCACUACAAAUCCGCUCCGGAUCCUAGAGAUGACCUAUACACUCUAAGCAUCUCUCGAAACAACGGGGUCACCGGGAUCGCCGUUGAGGUUGUUUCACCCCUAUACUACGACAUAUCUCACCCACCUCCCCCUGCAUCCGGUCCUCGGGCCCUGCCCACACGGCCGUCCCGCCAGGGUUCAUACUUCAAACAUCGCAUCGUCCUCCAUAUUGGCAAUUAUCACUCCACGCUCGGCUCCGUGCAGGUUCACGCCGCUGCCCCCCACCUCGUGCCUGUCCCUUUUCAUGCCCUGCCGACCGUGUGGAGAGAUUACUUGGGUCAUUGGAACAAGCAGGUGGACCCGCAGAUGCAAGGGUGCCGCAUCGGCCCGCUCAUCCAUGCGCCAUCGUUCGAAUACAUCCUCUAUCUCGUCACUCGGCAUCUACACGUGCGCGCGGCCAUCACUACGCUCAGAAUCACCUGCCUCUAUGGCCAAGGGGAAGGCGUGGAUCUCGACAAGACGGGGUCUACGAUCCAUCUUUUCGUCCCAUACAGCAAACUGAAGCCACAGUCCUUGCAGGUGUUGGAAAGGAGAUUCCCCAACCUCUAA